AUGGGGGGCGGCCGAGGUGGGGGGAACAAAGGCAGAAACCGUCCCUCACGGAGCUGCCCCCCCAAUUCCGCGCCACCCCCCCGCUCUUCAGCGCCGCCCAGCUGCUCUGCCGGCCACCGUCCCCGUCCGCCCGGGCCCACCCGCCAGCCCUGUCACUCGCGGCCCCUCCCCGUCCUCUCCUCGCGGCUCACCCCGCACGGGUCCCCGCCGCCGCUGCCGCCACUCCUCUUCCUCCGCCACCGCCGCCGCCUCCUUCGCAGCCGCGGCAGCCUCCACAGCCGCCAAGGUUCUCACUCAGCCGCCGUCGCCGUAAAGCGCCUCGGCUGUUACCCCGGGGAUACACCAGGCAGAAUGGAGAAACUGAGACAUCCUGGCAAAUUUGAUGAGGUCCCCAAGGUCUCUAAUUUGGAAUACGUCCUCUAGCAACGACCUGAGGCUUAACAUCUGCUGAUUCUGUGCUGCUAUAAGGUAGUUCUUAGUUUACUGGGUCUGAAAAGCAGGUUUUUCUUUUAACCUCUGGUAUUUCUUAACAGUUGCUACCUGUGGUAUGAUCAUCUGAUGAUAUACUUUUAGCCAACUGUGUGUCAUCAUAGGGGUUUGUCUGUUUUAAAGAACAUUCAAAGGAAAGGAAUGGCUGGUCAUAUAUGGGAGAUCUUGUUAGCUGAGAUUUAAGGGAGACUUAGAGAAAAGCUAACGGGAAAAGGAUGUGCAUUGUGGAGGAAGGGGUGACGGCUGUAACAAUAUAAAAAACCAUUAUAAAUAAUAAAACUGAAAAAAGAUUUAUGAAAACAGGUAAAUGGUUGUUUUAGCUAGUGGUCAAAUCCUUGGGAAUCAGAGCUACAAAAGAUAAUUAUGUGGAUCUGCAAGCACUCUUAGAAACAGCAAAGGGUGUUUGUCUAACAGGCUGCAGGGGCAGAGUAGUAGUAGUGAUAGCCAUGGAAACACCGUCACUGGGACAACUGGGUGCUAUGAGGGGCAGCUGGAUGUCUUGUGCACACAGUGGAGGUGGGCUGGAGUUUUAACACAGCCAGUCACAUCCAUGGCUCUCUGCAGCUAGUUCUAAACUGAAUUUUGUUUCUUUGGUAUGUUUUUCACUUGGGAAAUUCAAAAAAAGAUUAACAAAGGAACCCACAGCAUUGAUAUGUUUUGGAUGCUAUGUAGAAUUGAUAAAAGAGUCCUCAGGAUUCAGGAUUCAGGAUUCAGGCAUUUAAACCAAUUCACCUGCUUUACUCCUCGGGAUCCUUAGUAUUUUUUAAAGCCUGUCCUGGAUUUUAUUUCAUGAAAUACUGUGUUACUCUGAGUUGUAUGUGAACACACAUACCACCCACAUGGGGAUGAAUAAGGACAUGAUUUCAAAUAUAUGUGAUAAAAAAACUUACCCCUUGACAGAUAUUACUUUCAUAAUAGUAUCUUUCCUCUCUUAUAUUAGAAAUAUAAGAAUCUUGAAAGUUUUUCCAAAAACAUGUGUUUCAAAAUAAUAGUAUCCAACAAGGAUGAUUAUGCUUAUUAUACUUAAAAGAGGCAGAAAUGGAAAUUGUUGGAACAAUUUGUCCAAAUGAUCUAACAAAUUCAUGAUUGAGCUGUAAUUUAACCUAAAUUGCUAGAGUCCCAUCUUAAUGAUUUUUGCUGCUGCUUGUUCAAAUAAAGGAAUAUUGAUUUUAAGGUAAUCACAACUGAGAUGUAGUUCAUAUUUCUAAUAAUUUUCUCAGCAAUACUGUUGUUUCUCUCACCUAGAAGUAAAAGCAUGUGUAAAUGUGUUAAGAUUGUAUAUUUUGGUGAUAUGGUUUCUAUAUUUUCAUAAAUUAAAAAAAUUGUAAGAUGGGGCUUAAAA